AUGUUCUCACAUCCCUUCGGUAUAGCAUGGCGCAAGGCCCUGGUCAGCAUCCCACGGCUGGUUCCAGACUUUGUCCUACACUUCACCAACCCCGAAGGACCUCAACCAGUGGUGUUUGACCUACCCUCGCGGGAUGCCCACAUGAUUCCAGUCUACGUCUUCAUCCCACCGGCUUACAACCCGCACAACCGCCGGUUGCAAUCCCAAGGCACUCAUCUCAAAGAGGCUCUUCGGCCGAGCCCGAACCCGAACCCGGAGACCGAUGAGAAGCUGCCCGUUCUGAUUGACUUCCACGGCGGAGGCUUUGUGCUCGGGUCACCGCAAGAACAGGCACCAUUCUGCGCCCAGAUGUGUCGAGAGUUGAACUGUGUGGUCAUUUCGGUCGACUACCGACUCGGCCCUUAUGCCCAAUACCCGGCGGCGAUUUACGAUGCGGAAGACGUGGUUCGCGCGGUGACCAAGCCCAGCACACAAGCCUACAAGACGCUGCGGCAAGGCAUCCGACAGCAUCUGGAGAAGGAGGGUCGGCCUCCGUUCGGGUUGGAUGAGACCAGAAUUGCCCUGUCGGGCUUCAGCUCCGGCGGUAACCUCGUCUUGAAUCUGGCCUUGAGUGUGAAGGACGAUCCGACCAUUCAACAGGACUGGCCGAGCCCGCUGCCAUGGGAAUUUGAGAACGACAUCCCCCUUUUACUGUUCUACCCGAGUUUUGACGCUCGGUUGCUGCCGCACGAAAGACCACGGCCGGAUGGUCUGGCCGCACCCACGGGCAUUAUCGAACGAUGGCAGAUCGAGAAGGAGCUCAUGCCCACCUACCUGCCGGUCGAGUGUCGAGACCAUCCGCGCGCCAGUCCAGGGCUAGCUGACAUCCGGCCCAAACAUGCCGGCGACCAUGUCGGGUUGCACCCCAAAGCCAAGAUGUGGCUGCUGUUGCCGCAGUACGACUCACUCCACGGCCAGAGCCUGGAGUGGAUUGAGAAGGUCAAGAAUGAAGGCCGAUCCGCCGAUCUCACCGUCGAACAUGUCAAAGGCGUCGUGCACGGCUGGACUCAGUUUCCCGAUGCCUGGAUCUCCGAGGAGCACCGAAGACUCGAGGCUGAGGCGUUUCGGGAAGCCAGAAGUUUUGUCGACAUGUACUGGAACCCGGAGGUGAAGGAGAUGGCGACAGGGGAGAGCCAGAGUCAGAGCAUUAAUCAGAACGAGAGUCAGAGUCAGAGUCGGACCCAGAGCCAGAGCCAGAGCCAGACCUAG